UAUCCCAACAAACACCAACGAUCGACUCAGUAGAGAGAGAGAGAGAAAGUGAUCGGCAGUUGAGAAAACAAACUAAACGAAUUUUCUCGUUUCUUCGUUUUCCGCGCAUUCUCUUUCUCUCUGUCGCAUUCGAUCUUGCAUUUUCUCGCACUUUCUUGUCCGAGAAAGUUUCAUAGCUUUUCCCGAUCUGGUGAUUCCGGCGGCGUUUGCAAAUGGAGUCUCACGGCGCCGGACUACGCCGUGUUCUGGUGCUCGCCUUUUGCGUCGCCGGCAUUUGGUCGGCCUAUAUUUACCAAGGAGUCCUUCAAGAGACCGUGUCCACCAAGAGAUUUGGCCCAAACAAAGAGAGGUUUGAAAGCCUAGCAUUUCUGAAUCUGGCACAGAGUGUAGUUUGUUUCAUUUGGUCAUUUAUUAUGAUAAAGCUUUGGUCCAGUGGUAGUAGUGGCGGUGCUCCAUGGUGGAGUUACUGGAGUGCUGGCAUUACAAAUACAAUUGGCCCAGCUAUGGGGAUUGAAGCUUUAAAGUACAUCAGUUACCCUGCCCAGGUAUUUUCAAUUUGUUUCCAUAUUGGACACUUUCUAUGCAACUCUUUUGAUCUAUUUGUUGAGAGUUUAGCCCUUCUCCAUUGUCAAUAUCACUUGGGAAAUUUUAUGAUUUUGGCUCGAAAGAUUCAUCUAUCAGCUUCCGAAUCUGGCAUUGAUCAGUGGUUUCUGUGGUUAACAGAUGUGAUAUUUUCUCUUUAUGCAGUGAUGCUGAUGGGUAGCUUAGUUUAUGGUAUUAGAUACACUUUUCCAGAGUAUGUCUGCACUCUCCUGGUUGCUGGUGGUGUUUCUAUGUUUGCACUUGCAAAGACUAGCUCAAAGACAAUAAGCAAGCUGGCGCACCCAAAUGCUCCACUUGGAUAUGGGUUGUGUUUCCUUAAUCUUGCUUUUGAUGGAUUUACAAAUGCUACUCAAGAUUCAAUUACAUCAAGGUACCCGAAGACAAGUGCUUGGGACAUAAUGUUGGGUAUGAACUUGUGGGGUACCAUUUACAAUACAGCCUUCAUGUUUGGAUAUCCGGGCGCUAGUGGAUACGAGGCAGUUAAAUUCUGCAAGUUGCACCCAGAUGCAGCGUGGGACAUUUUUCUCUACUGCCUGUGUGGUGCAGUGGGUCAGAAUUUCAUUUUUCUAACCAUAAGUCGAUUUGGUUCUCUCACUAACACUACCAUCACUACAACUCGCAAAUUUGUCAGCAUUGUGGUGUCUUCACUUCUUAGUGGAAACCCGCUAUCUACAAAGCAAUGGGGGAGCGUUUUCAUGGUCUUCUCAGGGUUGUCGUACCAGAUUUACCUCAAAUGGAGGAAAUUGCAGAGAUUGCAGAAGAAGAGAAAGCCCAUGUGAAGUCCAUGAUAUAUUAUUGGUGUAACCGUAAGGUUCAAUAUCACAUUUUGAAUAUAGACGAAUGUAUCGGAGUAGAUCUUAUUUUUCAAGUCUCUCUACAUAUGCAGUUAGGGGAAGUUUUGACAUGUCAUGAGUUUUAAAACUAGUACCAGUUGGCUUCUGACUGAAAUUUGAUGUUAUUAAAUUUGUGAUAAUUAUGUGAGCAUUUGUUGUGUAUCUAUGUGUUUUGGUUUAUCUA